ACUAGAUUAGAUCAGAUUAGAGUAGAUUAGUCCUUGUGAGAUUCUUUGUACGAGUGAAGUCACUGCUUUAGUUCAUUUUGUCGGCGAAUCAUUCACCAAAUUAACUAAAAACGAAAACAAAACAAAAGCAAAAACUUUGACUCGUCAGACAUGUGGCGCUGAGUUUACAGUCAAGCGGGAGCAGCUCAGCUUUUGUCAGCUUCGGUUCUGCAACAUAGUUCUAUCGGAAAAGAAGAAGCUCAAACUCAUCAUUCCCCAACCUUAAUUUUAAAAAACCAUUCGAAAAACAAGAUCGUUGAAAGAGGGUAGUUUUGGAUCCAAAUGUUGGUUCAAAACCCCCCAACAACGCCAAAACCCCAUCAAAAAUCUUCGCAAACGCACCUCGCCGAUAACUUUCCUCGGCCAAAACCCAUCACUUUACCAAAAUGGGUCUCCAUCAAUCUAUUCAAAAUCACAACUUUUUCAAUCUUGACACUCACCAUUGCAGCCCUUUUCUUUCUACACAGCUCCAGUGACUCCAGCUCUACUUUUCUCUGCUUCAAUUCCAGACCCAAGAAACGCAGCCCCGUUGAAUUGCCGAAAAUCAGCUUCAAGUCAAUCAAACCCAUUUCGGAUAAGUCAUCUGUUUAUGCUUCAUUUCGCUCAGAACGGUGGAUUGUUGUCUCGGUUUCGGAUUAUCCAUCCGAUUCGCUUCAAAAGCUGGUCAAAAUCAGAGGGUGGCAAGUCCUUGCAAUAGGGAAUUCGAAGACCCCUUCGGAUUGGAAACUCAAAGGGGUGAUUUUUCUGUCUUUGGAGGAGCAAGCUAAUCUGGGUUUUAGAGUUUUAGAUCACCUUCCUUAUGAUUCUUACCUGAGGAAGAGUGUUGGGUACCUUUUUGCUAUCCAACACGGUGCAAAACUGAUUUUUGAUGCUGACGAUCGUGGGGAAGUGAUUGGUGGUGAUCUUGGGAAGCAUUUUGAUCUGAAACUGUCUAAUGUGGAUGUAAUGCAGGAGAGGAUUUUGCAGUAUAAUCGUCAGAAUGUCAAUAGAAGUGUUUUGAAUCCAUAUGUUCAUUUUGGGCAGCGCUCGGUUUGGCCUAGAGGAUUGCCUUUAGAAAAUGUUGGUGAAGUUGCUCAUGAAGAAUACUAUACUGAAGUAUUUGGUGGAAUGCAAUACAUUCAGCAAGGUAUAUCUAAUGGCUUACCUGAUGUGGAUUCAGUUUUUUACUUCACUAGAAAGUUGGAUUCAGAAGCAUUUGAUAUAAGGUUUGAUGAGCAUGCUCCAAAAGUUUCUUUACCACAAGGUAUAAUGGCGCCAUUGAAUUCUUUCAAUACACUGUUUCAUUCCAAUGCAUUUUGGGCUUUGAUGCUUCCAGUUUCAGUUAGUUCAAUGGCUUCUGAUGUCUUGAGGGGUUACUGGGCACAGAGGCUUUUAUGGGAAGUAGGUGGUCAUGUCGUGGUUUAUCCUCCAACAGUACAUAGAGAUGAUAAAAUUGAAUCAUACCCAUUUGUAGAAGAGAAGGAUCUUCAUGUGAAUGUAGGCAGGUUAAUUACAUUCUUGGCUUCAUGGCGAUCUAAUAAGCAUCUGUUCUUCAAGAAAAUUUUGGAUUUGAGUUAUUCAUUGGCAGUUGAAGGGUUUUGGACUGAGAAAGAUUUGAAGUUUACUGCAGCUUGGCUUGAAGACUUGCUUUCUGUUGGAUACAUUCAGCCAAAGCUUAAGGCAAUAGAGUUGGAUCGGCCAAGACCAGCCGCAAAUCAUGCAGAUCGGAGGGAGUUUUUCCCUCAGAAACUUCCUUCUGUGCAUCUCGGGGUUAAGGAAUCAGAGACGGUGAAUUAUGAGAUUGGGAGCUUGGUUCGGUGGAAAAAGAAUUUUGGUAAUGUUGUGCUAAUCAUGUAUGUAGAUGGGCCUGUUGAAGGAACCGCUUUGAAAUGGAGGUUGCUCUAUGGCAGGAUAUUUAAAACUGUGGUGAUUUUGUCUGGGAAAGCUAAUGCAGAUUUAUCUGUGGAACAAGCUCCAAAGGACCAAGUAUAUAAGUAUCUUCCCAAGAUAUUCAACAGUUUCACUAGUUCCGGCGGAUUCUUGUUUCUGCAGGGCGAUACGAUUCUCAAUUACUGGAAUUUAAUGCAAGCAGACAAGUCUAAGCUGUGGAUCACUAAUAAGGUGUCUCAAUCUUGGACUACACUCUCAAUUAACGGUGACAAUUCCGAAUGGAAUUCAAAACAAGCUGACAUGGUUAAAAAAGUUGUCAGUUCUAUGCCAGUUCACUUGCAGGUCAGCUACAAGGAGAAUAGCAAAGAAAAGAGUCUCACUGUCUGCAGUUCAGAGGUGUUCUAUAUUCCACGACUCUUUGUGGGAGAUUUUGUAGAUCUUGUUGGUCUUGUGGAUAAUUUCGGAAUCCAUCACACGGUUGCAGUGCCUAUGUUUUUCAUGGCGAUGGAUUCGGCCCUUAAAUUCGACUCUGUGCUCUCUAAAAUGAUCUAUAAGCCAAAAGAAACGACUGAUAAGCCUUCAAACUUUUACUCUGCACAAGUACCAGCUGUUCAUCCAUGGACUGUUUCCAAUGAGGCUGAUUUCAUGGAACUGAUGAGAGUCAUGGCUGCAGGGGAUCCCCUCCUAAUGGAUCUGGUUUAAAUUCAGCGCAGAUGUCGGCAGCUGGACUUGGUAGAAAAGUACAUAGAAUACUUUUGUCAACAUUGGUAAUUACCAUUUCUUUUUCUUUACAAGUUUUCAAAUUCAUCUUGGAGGGGAUGCCAAUAUUUUGUGUUUCCAUUAUGUAGUUCUUUUAGAUUUCUUUAGCUGUUUGAUUCAUUCAAUGAAAAUGUAAAUCCCUCUAGAUGGUAUGUAAAACUUUUGAACUUUUUUAGUUAUGGCCGCUCUAUUUCGUCUUUCAAAA